UCUUCCUUUUGGCUCUCUUUCUUCCCCUUCUCUAUGCAAACUUAGUUCAAUGUCCAGCCAAUAUCUUCCAUCGUCACUUCCUAUAAAUCAAUUUAAGAAUACAAAUGUAAAUAAUAAUUCACCGCCCUGGAUAACACAGUAUAGUGAAGAAGAGACAACAACUGAUGAUGACUACGAUAAUGAUGAUACCGACGAUAGUGAAGAAUCUGCUGUGUGUGGGUGUGGAAAACCUUUGACAAGUGGAUGGUAUUGUGCUGACUGUAGAACAAAUUGCUCAAAGUGUCACCGUGCGCUCGCUCCUGAAGAAACAUGUGAUCGUUGUUCAACCUCAUAGCAUUUAUGCAAUUAUUUAUUUAUUCAUAUAUAUAUAUAUAUAUAUAUAUAU